AUGGCGGCUUUGGAUGUCCAGGAUUUCUUGGAGGGUUGGAAGUUGGUUGUGAAGCAUCUGGAGAAUGUGGAGGAUGCGGAUUUGAUCUUGCAACAGGUGGUUUUUGGAUUCUGGCGUAUCUGGAAGUGCAGAAAUGACUUGGUUUUCAAGGGGGUGACGACGGAGCCACGGGUGGCUGUGGAGCUUUGGCACCGGCAUGUGGAGGAGUUUCGAACGGCUUCGGAUACUUCGGAAUGGGGCACUGGGGCCUUGGGCAGUGAUAGGUGGGAUAGGGUACGGGGGGGACGUAGGGUAGGUAGCGGGGAGGGAGGGGUGAGGCAUGGCGAUGGUAUCGUGGUGGGGGAAAGGAGAGAAGAGGUAGGGCUACUAUUGUGGCAAAAACCGCUGUUUGGUACGUUGAAGUUGAAUUGUGAUGCUGCUUGGAAAAAGGCCACGGGAGAGGGAGGAGUUGGGUGGGUCCUUAGGGAUUUUGCUGGUCUUCCUUUGCUCGCAAGAGGAAUGGGAGGGGAACGGUUCGGGGACGCCAUUAUGGCGGAGGCAGAGGCAAUUAGACGGGGCUUGGAGUCGGUGGUGGGGAGUGAGGUUUGGGCGGGAAGUACAUGUUUGGUGGUGGAAUCGGAUUCUAAAGGCUUGAUUAAUAUGCUCAAUAAGGAGACGACAGUUGAUGUGAAGCUUGAGGUCUAUAUCCAAGAUAUUUGGAGGAUGACUUGUGUUUUUCCGGUGGUACGGUUUUGCUUUACCCCUCGUCAAUGCAAUCGUGAUGCCCAUUCGAUCGCGGCGUACGUUGUUAAGCAUGGCGGGAGAUUUGGCUGGGAUGAAUUAGGUCCUGAAUUCUUAUUUAAUAUUUUAGCAGAGGAUGCCAAUGUAAUGGUUAGGCUUUAG